CGUUGACAGCUGUUGUUGAUGCGGAAUUUUGUGUGAAAUUACGAGGAACGUUCAUAAUGGAUCUUGAGUAUCAAGGGGUUGUAGAUUGGGAAGAAGACCUUUCUUCUGAUGAAAGCAGUGAUGAAGAAAUUGUUUUAUUGUUGCUUCUACGAAAACGCAAGCGGAGGUGCGACAGAAGAUUUUGGGUACAUCCGUUGUGGAAACGUCGGAAGCAACAGGGAGUCCACGAUAAUCUUUUUUGUGAAAUGGCCAUAACCGAUCCACUGAUGUUUAGGCAGUACAUGCGAUGUACUGUAAUCCAGUAUGAGAAAUUGUUACAACAAAUUGGAGGACAAUUAAAGAGUAUCCCCACUAGGGAUGAUAUUAUUACUCCAUCCCAGAAGCUCAUGCUUACCCUGAGGUUUUUGGCAACUGGGGAGACUUUCCAUUCCCUUCAAGGUCAAUUCCGGAUAGGACUUUCUACUAUUCAUUUGAUUGUUUAUAAAGUUUUAAAAACUAUUUGGAACACACUGCAAGAAAGUACGUUAAAGGCACCCACUUGCCCUGAAGACUGGAACGUUAUUAUAAAGGGAUUUGAAGAAAAAUGGCAAUUUCCACACUGUUGGGGAGCAAUAGAUGGGAAACAUGUUAUAAUGCAGGCCCAACCACAUAGUGGUUCUAAAAAUUACAAUUAUAAAGGGCACCACAGUGUACAUUUAUUGGCACUAUGUGACGCAAAUUAUAAAUUUGUAAUUAUCGAUGUUGGCGCUCAUGGCAGACAAAGUGACAGUGGUGUUUUCCAAAAUAGUAAUUUUGGAAAGAAAUUAGCUAACAACACUCUUCAUUUGCCUCCUCCUUCAAAAUUAACUCCUGAAGGACCACAUCUUCCUCAGGUUUGUGUUGCAGACGAAGGUUUUUUAUUGACCUGUAAUAUUAUGCGACCAUAUCCCGGAAGAAGUACGGGAAAUUUGCCAAAUGACCAAAGGAUUUUCAAUUAUAGACUCAGUCGAGCUCGUCGAAUCAUAGAAAAUACUUUUGGAAUAUUAGUAUCACAGUGGAGAAUCUUUCGUAGUUUCAUUAAUGGAAGCAUUGAAUUAAUAGAAUUGAUCAUCUUGGCAGCAUGUUGUCUGCAUAAUUUUUUAAAAAUAGAAGAAGAAGAUUUAAAUGAAGAUGAGCGUCACUACUGUACGCAAAAUUUAAUUGACAGAUUCGAAAAUGAGGUGGAGAUUGAUGGAGAUUGGCGAAAGGAUUUUAGAAUGGAUGCAUUUACGUCAUUUGAAAGUAUUCGUGCAGAAAAACUUGCUGCUAUGUAUGUCCGGGAUGAAUUCAAAAGGUAUUUUUUAAAUGAGGGCAGAAUAUCUUGGCAACAGAAAAGAGUUGAUGAAGGUUCUUUCUAA